AUGGAUCAGCAAGGCACUCCUAUCGGCGCCAACCACGGGGCCACGAAAGUCAAAACCGAGUCUGCCCCGCCCAUUCAAGAAAGCACCGGUCCUGUCGCCUCUGAUUCUCUUGCCGCCGAGUCCUAUAAAAAUCAUGGUGCUUUCGCUGAAAAUAAGGAUGCAGCACCCUCCUCCGUCAAGGGCGCCUCUUCCACCUUCAACAACCAAGACACCUCAGGUGCCAAGGUUCUUCCACCAGCCCUUGAUGCCGAAGCCCGCGAGUCACAAGAGGCAUGGAAUGAGAGCUCAAAGCUAAAGGGUGCGGCCGGUCUCAAAUAUCCCGAAGGUGCGGGCGCACAGCCUGAUUUCACUGGCGUUCACAACAAAGACGGGUACUACGGCGGGCCGGCCAAAGACAAGCAAGAGAUCAACACGGGAUCAGGUGAAUAUGCAUCUGGAAUGUCGAAGUCUGGAUCCGGACAUACGGGUGGAGAGGACUACAGAGCGAGUACAAAGGCUGACCCUGCUCCUUCCUAUGUUAUGAAUGCCACAGGGGACGGUUUGGAUAAGGGCACACUGAAGCCGAAAGGUCGGAAUAUCACCGAAGGGGGGUUUGAUAGUGAUGAUUCAAAGAACGCGAGCUUCAAUGCGGAAAUUGGGACGGAGAACGAUCCUGGUCGAGCAGCAGAGCUGAAAUUGCAGAGGGAAAACGCUGAGACAGCAGGGGACGCAGGCAGUGGGUCGAGACAAAAGGGCAUAGCGAACGAUGGGGUUGGGUAUGAGACACUAAAGACUGACGAGGAGGCUUAG